AUGCUGCCCCGCAGGAUUAUCAAGGAAACCCAGCGUUUGCUGACGGAACCAGUUCCUGGCAUUAAAGCAGAACCAGAUGAGAGCAAAGCUCGUUAUUUUCAUGUGGUCAUUGCUGGCCCCCAGGAUUCCCCCUUUGAGGGAGGGACUUUUAAACUUGAACUAUUCCUUCCAGAAGAAUACCCGAUGGCAGCCUCUAAAGUAUGUUUCAUGACCAAAAUUUAUCAUCCUAACGUAGACAAGUUGGGAAGAAUAUGUUUAGAUAUUUUGAAAGAUAAGUGGUCCCCAGCACUGCAGAUCCACACAGUUCUGCUAUCGAUCCAGGCCUUGUUAAGCACUCCCAAUCCGGAUGACCCAUUAGCAAACUAUCUAGCAGAGCAAUGGAAGACCAAUGAAGCCCAAGCCAUAGAAACAGCUAGAGCAUGGACUAGGCUAUAUGCCAUGAAUAAUAUUUAA